UGCGGCCGCCCGGCCUCUCGGCCUUGCCGCGCGCCUGGCGGGGUUGCGGGGGGCGGGGACCAAGAUCUGCUGCGCCUGCGUUGUGGGCGUUCUCGGGGAGCUGCUGCCGUAGCUGCCGCCGCCGCUACCACCGCGUUCGGGUGUAGAAUUUGGAAUCCCUGCGCCGCGUUAACAAUGAAGCAGAGUUCGAACGUGCCGGCUUUCCUCAGCAAGCUGUGGACGCUUGUAGAGGAAACCCACACUAACGAGUUCAUCACCUGGAGCCAGAAUGGCCAAAGUUUUCUCGUCUUGGAUGAGCAACGAUUUGCAAAAGAAAUUCUUCCCAAAUAUUUCAAGCACAAUAAUAUGGCAAGCUUUGUGAGGCAACUGAAUAUGUAUGGUUUCCGUAAAGUAGUACAUAUCGACUCUGGAAUUGUAAAGCAAGAAAGAGAUGGUCCUGUAGAAUUUCAGCAUCCUUACUUCAAACAAGGACAGGAUGACUUGUUGGAGAACAUUAAAAGGAAGGUUUCAUCUUCAAAACCAGAAGAAAAUAAAAUUCGUCAGGAAGAUUUAACAAAAAUUAUAAGUAGUGCGCAGAAGGUUCAGAUAAAACAGGAAACUAUUGAGUCCAGGCUUUCUGAAUUAAAAAGUGAGAAUGAGUCCCUUUGGAAGGAGGUGUCAGAAUUACGAGCAAAGCAUGCACAACAGCAACAAGUUAUUCGAAAGAUUGUCCAGUUUAUUGUUACAUUGGUUCAAAAUAACCAACUUGUGAGUUUAAAACGUAAAAGGCCUCUACUUCUAAACACUAAUGGAGCCCAAAAGAAGAACCUGUUUCAGCACAUAGUCAAAGAACCAACUGAUAAUCAUCAUCAUAAAGUUCCACACAGUAGGACUGAAGGUUUAAAGCCAAGGGAGAGGAUUUCAGAUGACAUCAUUAUUUAUGAUGUUACUGAUGAUAAUGCAGAUGAAGAAAAUAUCCCAGUUAUUCCAGAAACUAAUGAGGAUGUUAUAUCUGAUCCCUCCAACUGUAGCCAGUACCCUGAUAUUGUCAUCGUUGAAGAUGACAAUGAAGAUGAGUAUGCACCUGUCAUUCAGAGUGGAGAGCAGAAUGAACCAGCCAGAGAAUCCCUAAGUUCAGGCAGUGAUGGCAGCAGCCCUCUCAUGUCUAGUGCUGUCCAGCUAAAUGGCUCAUCCAGUCUGACCUCAGAAGAUCCAGUGACCAUGAUGGAUUCCAUUUUGAAUGAUAACAUCAAUCUUUUGGGAAAGGUUGAGCUGUUGGAUUAUCUUGACAGUAUUGACUGCAGUUUAGAGGACUUCCAGGCCAUGCUAUCAGGAAGACAAUUUAGCAUAGACCCAGAUCUCCUGGUUGAUCUUUUCACUAGUUCUGUGCAGAUGAAUCCCACAGAUUACAUCAAUAAUACAAAAUCUGAGAAUAAAGGAUUAGAAACUACCAAGAACAAUGUAGUUCAGCCAGUUUCGGAAGAGGGAAGAAAAUCUAAAUCCAAACCAGCUUGAACUCAGUAUAAGCUGGUGAUAAAAGAGUGUUUUUCUGAUCUUUAUAGAUAAGCAGCUUAUCCAGUAUACUGCCUUUCCACUUCUUGCAUUCCUCGAUGGGAACCCUGCUUCUUCUGUUGAACAGGCGAGUACAACAGCAUCAUCAGAAGUUUUGUCCUCUGUAGAUAAACCCAUAGAAGUUGAUGAGCUUCUGGAUAGCAGCCUAGACCCAGAACCAACCCAAAGUAAGCUUGUUCGCCUGGAGCCAUUGACUGAAGCUGAAGCUAGUGAAGCUACACUGUUUUAUUUAUGUGAACUUGCUCCUGCACCUCUGGAUAGUGAUAUGCCACUUUUAGAUAGCUAAAUCCCCAGGAAGUGGACUUUACAUGUAUAUAUUCAUCAAAAUGAUGAACUAUUUAUUUUAAAGUAUCAUUUGGUACUUUUUUUGUAAAUUGCUUUGUUUUGUUUAAUCAGAUACUGUGGAAUAAAAGCACCUUUUGCUUUUCUCACUAACCACACACUCUUGCAGAGCUUUCAGAUGUUACUCAGCUGCAUAGUUACGCAGAUGUAAUGCACAUUAUUGGCGUAUCUUUAAGUUGGAUUCAAAUGGCCAUUUUUCUCCAAUUUUGGUAAAUUGGAUAUCUUUUUUUUACAAAUACGACCAUUAACCUCAGUUAAAUUUUUGUUUGUUUUCCUGUUUGAUGCUGUCUAUUUGCAUUGAGUGUAAGUCAUUUGAACUAAUGGUAUAACUCCUAAAGCUUUCUCUGCUCCAGUUAUUUUUAUUAAAUAUUUUUCACUUGGCUUAUUUUUAAAACUGGGAACAUAAAGUGCCUGUAUCUUGUAAAACUUCAUUUGUUUCUUUUGGUUCAGAGAAGUUCAUUUAUGUUCAGAGACGUUUAUUCAUGUUCAACAGGAAAGACAAAGUGUACGUGAAUGCUCACUGUCUGAUAGGGUUCCAGCUCCAUAUAUAUAGAAAGAUCGGGGGUGGGAUGGGAUGGAGUGAGCCCCAUCCAGUUAGUUGGACUAGUUUUAAAUAAAGGUUUUCCGGUUUGUGUUUUUUUGAACCAUACUGUUUAGUAAAAUAAAUACAAUGAAUGUUGAGUA